ACCAAUACGUGCUCAGUAGUGCUCUGCGCCAACCAACCAGAUCGCCCUCCCUUGGAAUCAGAGACUGCACGAGAUAGUUGCUUCAGGUUGAGCCGAGCUCCAAGUGCCGAGUAACAAGCAGCGAUGUGCGGGAGCAGCGCCUCGUCUCCUCCGGUGUCCUCUCCAGCCUGCAGCACGAAGGAGUACUUAUGAGGAUGCGUUAAACCUCUCUCUCUCACUCUCUCUCACUCUCUCUCUCUCUCUGCGCCUUCAACCCGAAAGUAAGCAAGAAAAACAACCAUGGUCAUCAUCACAAAAGGAAACGUAAGCUGGGUGCCCAACCAGAGGCCCAAUCGGACUUUUGGAUCAUCAUCGCGGAUGAACUGAAUGUGCACAGAGAGGAAGUCAGCGCAGCGCAGAGUUGCAGUGAGAGAAGUGAAGAAGAAAAAGAAGCGCGCGUGUGUGUGUGCGUGUGCGUGUGUGUGUGUUUUCAUAAGCGGUGCUUUUGAGUGGGGGAUGUCGGGUAGAAGUGGAGGAGCGCCUCGGGGGUGCAGCAACCCCAUCCUGCAGCCCCUCAGAGCCACAAUCCCAUACCAGCUCCAGAGGGGCUCAGCCCUCCUCUGCAGGGAGGUCAAGACGGCCGACAGGACCGCGGCUCGCCCGCCGAAACCCACCAUCCGCCGAACUCUGUCUUUGGACGCCAUCGUCGGACCCUAUCUGCAGGGACAGUGGCCCAAAGAGGCGGAGAGCACGGCCGUUACCUGUGUCAAUGACAAAGCCACGCAGACUCCAAGUUCCUGGGCAGAGGAGACCCGAGGAAGGAGAAGCUCUGGCGGACACAAGCGCUCGGCCUCGUGGGGCAGUGCAGAGCACCUGAGGGAGGUCGCCAAACUGAGGCACCAGUUGCAGAAGCGCUCCCGCCAUGUUCCUCCCCCAGCAGAGUACGAGCUACACCACCACCCACUGCCAGCAGGUCAUGCAGCGGGCAUCACUCAGACGCUGCCUCUGGCGCCGCUGAACAGGCUCGCCCCGCGGCUGCGACGCAGUGUUGAAGGCCUCAACUUAGAGCUGGAGGAGGUGUUUGUUUCUGAGAAACCUGACGAUCGGCAUGAGAUUUUGGAUAUCCCAGAUGGCCACAGGGCCCCUGUCCCUGUCCAGAGAUGCAGCAGUGGCUCUCAGAGUGAGCCCUCCCCGGGCCCCUUGGAUCUGGAUCCUUCCCUCCUCUCUCCUUCUCAGUCCCCCUGUCCUCUAGAUCCAUCGCUUCUGUCCCCAUCAAAUUCCCCAUCUCCGUUGAACCCAUCUCUCUUGUCUCCGUCACAGUCUCCCUGUGCCAUGGGAGAGCCAGAGCCGGUGGACUGCGAGGCGGCGUGUCCCGCCAUGUCGAUGCCGCUCCCUUCAUUUGCAUUGGAUCCUCCUCUGCUGCAGCCCUGCUCUUCCGCUCCUCGUCCCAACAAAACCUACUCCUUCCAGCGCGAGCCGCCAGAAGGCUGCGAGCGAGUGCGAGUGUGUGAGGAGGGGAUAUCUGCCUGUCAGGAUGAGCCUUUCCUCCAGCCUUCCUGCCCUGACCCCAAUAAAGUCAACUUUACCCCCCAUGGAGUCUCUGCUUUCUGCCCCGUCAGUCUUCUGAAGCCCCUUCUCCCCUCCAUGGACCUCCUCUUCCGCGGCCUGUCAGUCUCUCCGGUCACCGGCUGCCCAGGUCAGGCCUCUCCCACCAGGCACCUGGGCCUGCAGUAGGUGGAUGUGUACCUGAGCCUCCUCUCAGGACUGAACCACGCUGUACUGCCAGAACCUACAGAAACUGGAUGCGGUUUAUAUGCCAUCAGAUACCUGUGGUCACAUGGCUCAUCAGUGCAAAAUAAGAGACGUUGUGACUCGUACUUUAGAUUAACUUUGGCCUAAAAUCCGUCUGCUUUACUGAUUAUUUCCCCCUUCAGGAAACAAUUUAGCUGAUAUUUACAUCAUCAGCACUUAGUAUUCCUCCAUAUGGACUGUGGAUUAAUAACAGGACUGGAAAUGUUGGAAAAUGCUGAAAAGUUUUUACAGCUAUAGAAGUUUUUAUGUUCUUUUUUAUAUGUUUUAGUUCAAACAGCGGUUCAGACAUAGGCUGCUCGGAAUGUUUUAAUUUUUAAUGUCCAAAUAAGUGAGUUCUGAGUCAAAAACCCAUGCACUUACAACACAAGUAUUACCUUCUUAAUACACUUUGAGGAAAGAAUUGUUAAGUUUUGUUCAACUUUCAUCUUAAUUUGAGUACUUGAUGGGUUUGUUUCUUUAAAUUUCAGAACAUCAGAUUGUUGGAAAGAUAUAUUUUUGGUCCAAAGUUAAAUGAUGGCCUGCUUUUCUACAAGGAAGAGAUAUAUAUAUAUAUAUAUAUAUAUAUAUAUAUAUAUAUAUAUAUAUAUAUAUAUAUAUAUAUAUAUAUAUAUAUAUAUAUAUAUAUAUAUAUAAGCGAGUGACAUACUAUAUGUGAGUUUUUUUAGGAGGCUGAAGAUACUGUUUUAUGAUACUUCUAUUAGCAGGAAUGGAGGUUUUAGUAGCUUUACUUGUACACAGCGGGCAUUGUUCUAACCAAACAUAAGCAUGUUUGUGAACUUUUUAAGAAUUUGAGUCUUUGGUCCAAUCUGAGCCUCUUUGGUCUGGCCAGAAAGCCUUAAAUUAGUCAAUAUUCUCUUGGGACAAGGAAGAGGUUGACUCCCUCAGCUUGAGUUAAAUUGAUCAAACACUGUCUCUGUUAGCAUAAUCAUAUUCAACACUGAAUUAAACAUAGCUACAGUUAGGUAUGAUUUGUCAGCCUUGUAUUUUCUCUGAACCGAAUAUGCACCCUUUAAUACUUUAAAUGCAUAGUGUGCCAUUGCGAAGAGAAUAAAAAUAAACAGGUUGUCUCGGCAUGUAAUGAA